CUGAAUGCAAAGCGAGGGUGUUAGUAUUCAAUCAUUGCGCUGCGAGAGGUAAGCUCACUUCCCAUUAAUUACAUUUUUUAAACCUUUUGAAGUACAUCAAGAAUCACUUAAAUCCAUACACAUUAACAGAAGUGUAUAUAUUUGUUGUGUAAAUGAGUGUCGUGCUAAAGCUUUUCUAUGUGUGUAUGCACUUCCCCUAAGUUGCCAUUUAAAAAUAAAUUAUUUAUUCUACAGGCAAGAGAAAAAUUAAAAAUGAAUAGAAAAAACUGCACCAUCUUUUUGACCCUUUUGUCAGUUCUGUGGCCUUGAAGAAACAGCAUUUAUAUUUUUCACAGCUGAAAUAAACUUUAUACUUGAAAUUUAACAUGAAAAAGAUCUAUCAUGAUAUAUAAGCACAAUGGAAAAUUAAAUGAUCUGUGAUGAAUGGUGGGAGAAUUAUUCGGAUCAGUAAGUGAAAAGUAUAAAUAACAUAAUGUAAAAUAUGUCUUUAAAGGUGAAGGUAUAAGUAUAUUAACAGAAAAACGUACUUAAGGUAUUUAGAGUAAAAAUACUGGUUCUGCUAGAAACUUCAAUAUUGUAUACAACAGUACUAGACUAUGCAUUAAUGUUUAACAGUACUUCACUGCUGCAUGCAGUUGAAGUGGAGCUAGUUUUAACUAAUAAACACAGUUUUUUUUUGUGUUUUAAGCCUUUCAUAAGCAGAACAUUUCAAGUAGAGUCUUUGAACAAUUUACUUAGUUACGUUCCACCGCCGAAUUGAGGUAAUCACAAUUUAAGAAGUAGUAUUUUCCUUUGUUCCAACCUCCCCGGGUCAGGGGUGACUAUGGCAGCAUUAGUGACAGGCCUCAUCCCCAUCCUGCGGACGGCAGUGGACGCCACCACCACCUACAAGUGUCGCUCCCUGUGGUUUGGCUUCCUGUGCAUCCGCGUGGUGAUCCUCUUUCUGGCUGAGCUGCCCUUCACCAAACUGGACUCCGACUUUACCUGCAACGGCACCAGGGAUGGCAUCUGCGCCAGGGCCUGCUUUAAUAAACAUUUCCACAAACCUAUGAUGGUGGCCUGGAACUUCAUGUUUGUCCUAGUCAUUCUGUCUGUCCUGCUCAUGGAGCUAUUCGCCUCUCACCUGCGCUCUCUGGCCCAGAAGAGGAGCUCCCAGGUGAAGGUAAAUGUUGAGCUGGAGGGCCAGGGUCAAGAGGAGGCUCAGGGUGUGUCUAAAGAAGACAGGGACAAGACGGUGAUAGAUCUCCACAAAGACAGAGGCACAGUGGGCUUCUACCUGCUGAGCAUCACUCUGCGUAUUCUGGUUGAAUCUUGGUUUAUCUAUGUACUGCUUUUUUGGAACCUGCCGGCGCUAGAAAAUGGUCCAUACAAGUGUUCGACGCACAUCUGCUCUGAGAAGCUCAAACUCUGCCACAAGGAAGGUGUCAGAUACACUGUGCACUGCCUCAGCAGUUUUUCCAUGCAACACUGA